CUGUGUUAUCCCUUCCCGAUCGAUCGGCCCCUAGCUGUAGCUGUGUGUCUCCGUCACAAGCACUCAAUAAUUGCCCCGGCCACCCAGCCCUAUAUAUACACAAAGCCAGAGCUGCACCUUUUACUCACCAUGCCCAUGAACUGAACUUCAGCAUUACUAGCUAGAUAUAUAGCUCCCAAAUGGUUCGGAUGCCAUGAGACAGACAGCAGAUCCACAAACUUCAGCCUAUAUAAACUAGCUAGCUAGCAAUGUACCUGGGGCUGGCAGAUCGAUCGAGGACACCAUAGAGUCGAAGGUGCUAGCUAAUGAGAUAGAACGAGCGAUCGAUAUAUCCUAGCUAUACAUAGCUUGUGUUCAGAGGAUACGCACGCACCAAAUCCUUCACAGCCAGCCUACAGCUCGUCCGUCGACGGCAAUGGACGACUCCAACCCGCCGCUGAUGGCCACGUACAAGCAUCUCUUAGACUGUCACCCGCGCCGCGUUGACGCCGGCGACCGGACGGACGACCACGAAGAUUGCGCCCUCCCGGUGAUCGACCUCGCCAGCCUACACCACAGCGAGGAGGACUCCGCCGCAGCGGAGCAGUGCCGGGCGGCCAUUGUGCGCGCAGCGUCGGAGUGGGGCUUCUUCCAGGUGACCAGCCACGGCGUGCCGCAGGCGCUGCUGGACAAGCUGCACGAGGUGCAGGUGGGUGUGUUCCGGCGGCCAUUCGAGCGCAAAGUGCGCGAGCCGCUACUGGACUUCUCGCCGGAGAGCUACCGCUGGGGCACGCCCACCGCCACGUGCCUGGAGCAGCUUUCCUGGUCGGAGGCCUACCACAUCCCCAUCACGUCGGCCUCUGAGGCCGCCGGUGACAAGACCAGCCUAGUGAUCGAGGAGGUGUCCUCGGCGAUGUCGCAGCUGGCGCAGAAGCUGGCGCGUAUCCUGAUAAGAGAUCGCACGGUAAACGACGGCGACGAGGACAAGGUGACGAGUACGUGCACGCGAAACACGUGCUUCCUGAGGCUGAACCGGUACCCGCCGUGCGUUGCGGCGAGCGGCGCCUUCGGGCUGUGCCCGCACACGGACAGCGACUUCCUGACCAUCCUGUACCAGGACAGCGUCGGCGGGCUGCAGCUCCUGAAGUCCGGGCGGUGGCUCGCCGCCAGACCCAACCCCGGCGCGCUGAUCGUGAACGUGGGCGACCUCCUGCAGGCGUGGAGCAACGACCUGUACCGGAGCGUGGAGCACCGGGUGAUGGCGAGCGCGGCGCGUGAGAGGUUCUCCGUGGCCUUCUUCCUCUGCCCUUCCUACGACACCCUCAUCUACCCCAGAUGCAGCAGCACCGGCGGCGAUCCUCCCCGGUACGCGAGCUUCACCUUCGGCGAGUACCGGAACCAGAUCAGGGAGGACGUCAGGCUCACGGGCCGAAAGCUCGGCCUGCAACGCUUUCGACUUCAACUUCCAGGCUCAUCUGCUGGAGGCCCAAAGUUCUUGUUCUAGCUACAUUGGGCUUUCUUGUCCUAGUAGGAUUUGCAAUUUUCGGAUUUAAAAUAUAUGAAAAUAAAAAAGUCCUACUGCUCACUACAUUGGGCUUGAAUCCUAGAUUGAUAGGUUUUUUCAAAAAAUUAACAAAAUCCCUAGAUUGAUUGAUAGAUAGACCUGACUCACAUAAGUAUUGGCCCAGUCUAACUGGGCCUAUGAAAAAUUAUGUGGUGUGUUAGUAACUUCACUAUAC